AUGAUAGGUACAAUUUUUUCAAUUUUACUAACAAUCAUAAAACUAUGUUUUGCCACCUCACCCAUAAUAUGUAUUAUCUUGAUAUUUGUAUUAAAUAAAAACAAUGUACCGGAUGAUAAAAAAAAGAAAUCAGAUUUCUAUUUUGAAGUAGACUAA